AUGAAAUUGGAUUUAUUUUAUUAUGUUGGCAUCCCUUCAGUAUUUUGAUUGACGCAAUUCUACACCAUUAGUGCACAUAAAUGUAGCGAAUUAAACGCAAUUAUAUUCUAUUUCCACUAAUUAAAUUUGCGCGUCGCGUUCUCAUAUCAUUCUGCGACGUGUACUCCGCGUAAAGAAUAGAUUAACACCAACAAAGAGUCCAAGAAGAGCGAAAAAAUGACUCUCGAUGGGAACAAGGACGAAGCUGAGAAAUGUAUAGCAAUAGCUCAAAAUGCACUAACUGGUGGAAAUUUUGAGAAAGCCGAGAAGUUUUUGCUGAAAGCUGAACGGCUAUACCCUACUCCGCUCGCUAAAGAGCUUUUAGUUCGCGUUAGAGCCGCGGGGCCGACGACAGGGGCUCCAAAACGUACUCCACCUUCAAGCCCUAGUGCUGAGGAAGUUAGGAGGCGAAAGACUCCAGCUCACCAACCUCCGCAGAGGGAAUAUACUCCAGAACAGCAGGAAGCAGUGCGCCGUGUGAACAAAUGCAAAGAUUUUUACGAAAUCCUUGGUGUAUCGAAGGAAGCCACAGACUCGGACAUAAAGAAGGCCUACAAGAAGUUGGCACUGCAGCUCCACCCGGACAAGAACCACGCUCCCGGGGCUGCUGAAGCAUUUAAGGCUAUAGGCAAUGCGGCCGCCAUACUGACGGAUGCGGAGAAACGCAAGCAGUACGACCUGCGCGGCGAUGAAGCUGCGCACGCGCCGCAAACGCACCACCAGUACUAUGCGCGCGGGUUCGAAUCCGACCUCACAGCUGAGGAACUAUUCAACAUGUUCUUCGGGGCGACAGGUAUGGCGGCGUUCCCGGGCGGCGGGCCCACAGUGUACACGCGUCGCCGCGGCCGCCAGCCGGAGACGCGCGAGGCCCACGCUGGCCUGGUCCAGCUGCUGCCAGUCCUCGUCCUGGUCCUGCUCAGCAUGAUGUCCGGCUACUUCAUCAGCGAGCCGGUCUACAGCCUCGCGCCCAGCUCCAAGUACCCCGUCCCUAGGGAGACCGUUAAUCAAAAGGUACCAUAUUAUGUGAAAGAGAACUUCCACACCGAUUACCAAGGAUCCCUGCGGCGAUUGGAACUCGCCAUCGAAGAGGAAUAUAUAGUGGGGCUUCGUCACGCUUGCCAAAGAGAAAGAAACUAUAGAGACAGUAUGGUUUGGAAGGCGAGGAAUUUCGGAGACUCGAGACAGUACGCAGACGCGCAGAAACUGCGCACGCCAUCUUGUGAGAAACUACAGAAGUUUCAUCGAUAGAAUAUAUCGAUAAAUUCGUUUAUCGACACGUAGACAACACUAUCACGUUAAUUUAUUUUGUAUUUAUUUCACUGUUAUACUUUUUUUGUGGACAUAUUAUUAUUAUUAUUACAACGAAAUGUGAAUUUUAUUCAGUUUUCUGUAUAUUUUAUUAUAGCACGGAGUCAAGUAUUGAGCAAUAUCUAAUAUCUAGGUAUACUAAUAUUAUAAAGAGGUAAAAUUUAUAAGUUUGUAUGUAGGGGGUAAUCUUUGGAACCGCUGGUCAGAUUGUCAAAAUUCUUUCACUGAUAGAUAGCUACAAUGUUCCUGAGAGCUAUAGGCUAUAAAACAUCACGCUACGAUCAAAUAAUUAAGAGCAGCGGGUGAAACCGCGCAAGAAAAGCUAGUACUGUAUAAAUUCUCCCCUACUGGGGAUAAAUAGGGGUUAGAUGUCCAAGUCAAAUUCAUUUAUUCCAACUAAACCAUAAAUAGGUACUUUUGAAACGUCAAAAUAGAAUAGUAGUCUGUCAGUCUAUUCGUCAGUGAAGCUAGGUGCUCGUUCCAAAUUGUAGUUUCGAAUGGAGAAGAACGAGCAAGAAACUCCAU